UUGAAAUAGGAUAGACAAUUUAUUUAUUCUAUUUGGGUCUCCAAGUUUCUGGAACAUUCAAGUAAAGGGAUGUGUUAAUUCAUAAGCUCCUUCCAGAGUGAGUGUUACUACAUACCAAUCUUUCCAACUAUGUCGAUAGUACCCAUCAACGCCGUUCAAAACCGUAAUAAUCGCAACCGUUCCAACUCCUCAUGGGAUCCAAAUUCCCUCUCUCUAUGGGACCCAUUCAUCGAUUUUCACUUUCCUCUCCUUUCUCCCAUCCCCAAUUUCUUCCCUCAAUUCGCUUCUGGAUCAUCAUCAUCCCUAAACACUCGUCUCGAUUGGAGACACACACCGACAGCACACGUGUGGAGGAUUGUGCUUCCUGGCUUCGCCAACGAAGAUGUGUUUGUCGAACUCCAAGAUGAGAGGAUGCUGCAGGUUAGCGUUGAGAGUGGCGAUUUCAUGACCAGGUUUAAGAUCCCUCAUGAUGGAAACCUUCAACACCUUAAAGCUGAUAUUGUUAAUGGUGUUCUUGUUGUUACUGUUCCCAAGGUUCAACAAAUCUCUGCUUCUUCUGGUAGGAACAUCAGAGUCGUUGAAAUUGAAGGCACCGAUUGAGUCAGAAACACUCAUUCUCUCUCUUCACUUUGUUUCCUUUAAUUGAAAUUUACAGUAAACUGAAAAUGUGUCUCUUUAUUUCCUAAUCAUAUCAUAAUAUGUAUAUGUAUGUAUCUACUAUGUGGCAUGUAAGUGUGUUAUUGUAUUUGUAAUGUGCUAUCAUGAUCUAUGUUAUGGCAGUUAUGCAAUGAAAGCAUAUGUUAAUCUA